AUGACAUCAACAGGGAAAGAAGGCAGCGGAGCUCAACAUGCACAAUAUGUUGGACCCUAUCGUUUGGAGAAAACCCUAGGAAAAGGACAGACAGGGCUUGUGAAGUUGGGGGUUCACUGUGUCACAUGUCAGAAGGUUGCGAUAAAAAUUGUCAACAGAGAGAAGCUCAGCGAGUCGGUGUUAAUGAAGGUGGAGCGGGAAAUAGCCAUCCUGAAGUUGAUAGAGCAUCCCCAUGUUUUAAAGCUGCAUGACGUUUACGAAAAUAAAAAAUAUUUGUACUUGGUGCUAGAACAUGUGUCAGGUGGGGAGCUCUUCGACUAUCUUGUAAAAAAGGGAAGAUUGACACCAAAAGAAGCCAGGAAGUUCUUCCGACAAAUCAUCUCUGCUUUAGACUUCUGCCAUAGUCAUUCAAUAUGCCACAGGGACUUAAAACCAGAAAACCUACUGCUGGAUGAAAAGAACAAUAUCCGGAUAGCAGACUUCGGGAUGGCAUCACUGCAGGUUGGGGACAGCUUGUUAGAAACCAGUUGUGGAUCACCACAUUAUGCCUGCCCUGAAGUUAUCCGGGGAGAAAAGUAUGAUGGAAGGAAAGCAGACGUCUGGAGCUGUGGAGUCAUUUUAUUUGCGUUGCUAGUGGGUGCCCUGCCAUUCGAUGACGACAACUUGCGGCAGCUGUUGGAGAAGGUGAAACGUGGAGUGUUCCACAUGCCACAUUUUAUCCCCCCGGACUGUCAGAACCUCUUGCGGGGGAUGAUUGAAGUGGAUGCCUCGAAACGUCUCACGCUAGAACAUAUUCAGAAACACAUAUGGUAUAUAGGGGGUAAGAAUGAGCCAGAACCAGAGCAACCAAUCCCUCGAAAGGUGCAGAUUCGUUCUCUCCCUUCCUUGGAGGAUAUUGAUCCAGACGUGUUAGAUAGCAUGCACUCGUUAGGCUGCUUCCGUGACCGAAAUAAACUCUUACAGGACUUGUUGUCGGAAGAAGAAAACCAAGAGAAAAUGAUUUAUUUUCUUCUGCUUGACCGGAAGGAGAGGUAUCCUAGUCAUGAAGAUGAGGAUCUUCCCCCUAGAAAUGAAAUAGAUCCCCCCAGGAAGCGUGUGGACUCCCCAAUGCUGAACAGGCAUGGGAAGCGACGACCAGAAAGGAAGUCGAUGGAGGUUCUCAGUGUGACAGAUGGCGGCUCCCCAGUCCCUGCUCGCAGAGCUAUUGAAAUGGCACAACAUGGACAGAGUAAAACAAUGUUCAGUAAAAGCCUGGAUAUCUCUGAAGCCAAUCCCAAAUUCAACAAAGAAGAAAGGUCUCGGUCAAUCAGCGGAGCUUCAUCUGGGCUCUCCACCAGUCCUCUCAGCAGUCCAAGGCCUAUCAGAAAGUUCUUCAUCCCCCCUCAGACCUCCGACCUCCCUUUCUCUCCCCGACCCCAAGUCUCCUUGGACCCUGAUGCUUGUAGGAACGCCUCCAGGCCUGGACAUGUACUCCAACCAAAGCCAGCACUUCAGCCCAACCCAAAGACGCAGACUUUGCCAUCCAAGAGCAAAUUGGCCGAAAAACCACUCCAGUCUACUAAAUCCAACCCACUCCCCUCCAGCAAUACCAGCGCGCCCUCUUCCCAGAACAGCCCUGUGCAGAAUGCCCAGGGCCGCUCACCUGCUGCCGGCUUUAACCCACAGCUGGCUGUUCCUAAAUUGCAGACCAACCCUAUGUCUCCUGUUAGAUUACUCCCUUCUAGUACUGACCCAAGCACCAAAUCUAUCCCCAUCAUACAGGUCACCCCUCACCCCUCUCCAAGGGGAAGUCCCCUCCCUACCCCCAAGGGGACACCUGUCCAUACGCCAAAGGAGAGCCCAGCAGGCACACCCAACCCAACACCACCAUCCAGCCCCAGCAUUGGAGGAAUGCCAUGGAGGACACGGCUCAACUCAAUCAAGAAUAGUUUCCUGGGGUCUCCUCGUUUCCAUCGCCGGAAAUUGCAAGUACCUACACCAGAGGAAAUGUCCAAUUUAACCCCAGAAUCAUCCCCAGAGCUUGCCAAAAAAUCCUGGUUUGGUAACUUCAUUAAUCUGGAGAAAGAAGAACAGAUUUUUGUGGUCAUUAAGGACAAACCACUAAGCUCCAUUAAGGCUGAUAUUGUCCACGCUUUCCUGUCGAUUCCAAGCCUCAGUCACAGUGUCAUCUCACAGACAAGUUUCCGUGCAGAAUACAAGUCCACAGGAGGUCCUGCUGUCUUCCAGAAGCCAGUGAAGUUCCAGGUGGACAUAACAUACACAGAAGGGGGAGAAGCGCAGAAGGAGAAUGGGAUUUAUUCUGUCACUUUCACACUCUUAUCAGGUCCAAGCCGUCGUUUUAAGAGGGUAGUAGAAACCAUUCAGGCACAGUUGUUAAGCACACAUGACCAGCCUUCAGUGCAGCAGUUAUCAGGUGCCUUUGCAUGCGGGAUGAUGAAAGCUACCUGUGAAAGGAGCAUGCAUGUAAGGUGAGACCUGCAGAAGGAGAAGACAAAUGAAAACAGGGUGAGAUAGAAUAGUGAGGCCUAGUAAGCGUACGGCACUGACAGUCAUUCUCUCUCCUGCUCCUCUUUGAUCUGUUAUGCAGCAUGCCAGCCCACUAAGCCGGCUUGCCUGGGUUUCAGAACACACUUUCCUCUUUCUCAUUUCCUCCAACUCACAACAGUGUUUGUAGAUGUCAUGUUGCCCAUGCAUCUGUGUGUGUGUAUGUGAGUGUGUACACAUACGUACCUGAUUUAGGCAGAUGUGUUUCUAUGUUGCACUUAAGCACCCAGUAAUCUCCCUUCCCUAUGGAUAUCCCUGCAUUCACUUCCAUUUUCCCCUCCUAAAACUGACUGUGCUUAUUUCUUCUGACAUAUUCUGAAGCAGGAAAACAGCUUCCCUCCCUUGCUGGAAUAAAUGUGUAAAUAAAUGCAAUCUAUCCCACGUGCUAAUCUAAUACUUUUUAAAGCUACUGUCCAGUUGGCCAAAUUUAGUGCAACAUAUCAGCCUUCUACCUUGAUGCUUCAGGACAUGAGAUCUUUUGCAGUGUAAGUGCUGAAAGGGCCUGCAGACUUAUGACUGGCAUAGAACAAGUAGAUAGACACUCUGUCCAGGAGCCCCAUACUCGGAAUCUGCUCUUAGGUAAUCCCCGGGCAGGACUGCCCUUUGGUGGAAAAAAGAGGGCUCUUUGGAAGGAAAAAAAUCACAGAUUUUUGCCUUUGUUUCAGCCCAGUACACUUUCCAUUAAAUCGUAAUUUGUUUUCCUCCACAACGCCUUUGCACAAAAGAGCAAUAGAAACAGCUGGUGAAUGGGGACACGCAGAAGCCAUCCGUGUUCAUUCACAGGUUAUCAAUUUUUAUUUUCUUAAUAUUUUCUUGCCUUUUUAGGCUUUGCUUUUAGGUGUGGGGUGCUGCUUAUCCCAACUUUUAACCCAUUUUCCCAUGUUUUAGGCAACCAGCAGUGCUGAAAUGCCUCUAUAACUUCUUUGUAGAAGGUUUUCUGCUUUAUUAUAUUUCUUGGCUUCAUGUCAGAUUUUAACCAUCAGCAUUUCAAAGUUCGGAGCUUCUCGGUGUUACCGCUGGAAGUGCCUUUCAUCAACAUGAACAAUUGUUUAGAGACCACAUCCAGCCUCAAAAUAGGGCAGUGCAAAUUCUUUCUGAUGGCAUGUAUCUUCUGUAUAUGCCCCUGAGCUCUCUUACUGUGCUAGUGUAUGUCUCAAAGAGAAAAAAAAAAGACGUUCAGGUGACUCAAAAAGCUUUGCUGGAGAUUUUUACUUUCUGGGUGUUCAUCUUUGUGGCUCACAAGUGCUGUGGGUUGCCAAAUAGCUACCAAAAUAAUUAGUAAGAAAUGGUUUCCAAGUCUGCAAAGGAUUUUUUAUCAUAAAGACAGAAAAAGGGAAUGUAUAAAUGCCAGUAUGGAACUGGACUGCCAUUCAGUUUUAUCUGGGGCUCGUCCAGGUCCCAGCUUAAUCUUGUUUUCUGCAUUCCUUCAUGUCUUAACCGCUCUCAUAGUGUCUGGGGCAGCACUUUGUCUUGCUCUCAUAAUUCCCACCUAUAAAAGGCACUGUGUAAUGCCUGAUUGGUUUGGUAGAGCACUGGUUUAUUUUGCUAAACAACUUCAUUAUUAUUAUUGGACAGACCUCACUACAAUUAACUGAGUAAUCCUGAAAUAAAACAUAGAAAAGGAAGUCCAAGCACUCCAGAGUUGCAUUAGAAGAACUGUGCAUUUCAAGUAGGCACCCAAACAGUGGGAAAUUCCAACCUAGGUGGUAACUGCUUUGGACCAGAGGAACUGGUGGCUCCCUCGACAUCGUUGCCUUUAAUGGAAAUGAUUACUGGGGACUGUGAGCAUGUGGCAGGGCAUGCUCAGUGCUUUGCUGGGACCUAGCCCUGCAAUUGGAGAUCUCAGGAGAGCAGUUGUUUGUGUGAGAUUUCCUGGGCUGGGACAAGUCACUGUCCCAGAGAUGUCAGAAGCAUCACAAACCAGUCUGUGUUUGAUUGUGAAAUUUGUGAGGGAUAGAAAUACAAAUUACAGAACAAAAAGAAAAUCAGGAAAGAAAAUCUGGCAGAACUCUAGGGUUUUAUAAUGGAUUCAGAGCUUGUUUGACCUUUUCAUGUUCCAGUAAGGAAGGUCUUAUUUUAACCAAAUCAUUUAUCAUCUGUUAAUGAACUGAACUGGUUGUCAUUUAUGAAAGAGUCUUGGUAAAAACUGAAGCAUGAGUGACUGCCAGCAAUUCCUGUGAAACAAGGAAUUGCCUUAUCAUCAGAUGGAUUGAGUUCUGGCGCUGCCAUCCUGCUUUAAUUAAAAAAUUAAACAGCAUACAUUAAAAAUGGAGUUCCAUGACCCAUCAGUGCUUCUCAGGGAGCUAAAUGCCUUUGGACCUUGACAUCAUUCACCUCACGUAAUACCUUGAUCCCACAGAUACUGGGUUGUUACCCAUGAGCAGAAGCCUGCUGCCAAGAAUCUAAAGCUUCCUAAUAAGAACGAAAAUUCUGCUUUAAAAUUACGAAACGUUUUGUCAUAUAGAAUAUUUAUUAAAGCAGAUGUUACAAGAUGAUGGAAAUUAAAGAGGUAUUAAAGUAAUUAUUGUUAGAAAUAAGCUAAAGGCAUAUUAACUCUGUUAGUCUCUCAGGAGAUGUGGUAUUAGCUGCUGUUUCUAGCGUGCUCAUGUUUGCUCUUCUUUACGAAUGGGGAAAAAACAGCUGAUCAUGUAUUGGGAAGACAUUACAAAUAGAAAUAAAUUGCUGUGCAUUUCUUUGGAGUGGCCAUGCCAAUACUGAGAGCACAAAUUCUAGUUGAGCAUUAACAUCCUAAGAAAGAAAAAUUAAAGGUCUUGUUAGUUGCCCUUUGAUAUUUCUUUUGGUCUCAUAUUUCAAAAGAGUUUUUAUGUUUUUUUUCUGUCCAUCAGAAACAAUUCUACAACCUACAAGAUUAGUGUUUUAGUAACAACAUGGGGUACAGAUCCCAAGAUGUUACGUUAUCAAAAAGCCUAUGUUACAGUCCUCCUUUUUCUGUUGUAGAUCUGUCUGUGUGUAUUCUAAUCACACAAUUAAUGUAUGUAGACCUGUUUCGCAACUAGCUUUAAAUGAAAUACUGAAAAGAGCUAUGCUGACUGCAGUUGACUUAGGAAAAAAAAAAAAAAAAAGAAGAUUCUGAAGUGUUAGCUUAGGGAGGGAUGAUUAUGUUAAAAAUUCACAAAUAAAAAGAAAUACCAAUUUUAGGAGAAUCUUAGUAAACUGGCUGCAAUAUUUACCUGUUCUGACAUUUUCUAAAUAUUACCAUUCUUGUUUCUAGACUGCUAGCUCCUGUGGGGUCAGUCUGGACACACUAGAGGGAAAAAUUCCGGAUACUAGGAGUAAGAAACAGUCUUUCAGUCAUACUUGAGACUUUCCUUGCUCUUAAGGUGUUUUUCUGUGCUCUUUCAAAGCACAGGUUGUGCUGACAACUGGGUGACUGCUCUGAGCUCUGCCAUUAUAGAUCUGUAUUUAUUGCAGCUGAGAGUAGUUGACUCAGAGUUGGACAGGAAGUACUACAAGGCAUCAGAUGACUGACUUCAAGUUACUAAAGAAGAAAACAAUACGAGCUUGUGGUUGUGACUCCUUGUCAUUGACUCAGUCAGCGGCUGUAGGCACUUCUUAAACCUGCAAGGAUGUUCAGUGAGAAAUGUUUUUUAGGAGCUUAACUUGAUUUCUACUCUGUCAGAACAUCCAGUGACCGGUGAACUCCCAGCCUAUCUGACACCUUGUUCCACAUUUUGAAUCCUCACUUCUCCUUCACCUCCGUCUGCUUUCCCUUGCCUCUUUCAGUCUUGUGCCUUUCUGGGAGCCCUUCCAUGGGUUUCAUCUCCCAUUCAGCUCUGCCAGCCUGCCUCCAACCUUGGUGAUGUAGCAUCUCCUCAGGUGCUUUUAGUAUACCACUGUGACCAGGCACCUGUCCUCUCUCCUCCUUGCAUUCCCAGGUGAUAAUAUGAGCACAGGCCUGGCACCAUUAGAAAACACAUCCAUGCUCUUCUAGCAUGGAUUCAGCAUGCCCAGGCAUAUCCAGCACCCCUUCCUCCCCUUUUCAAAUAACUUUUCUGUGGAAAUGAAUGCUGGAAGUUGUCCUACCCUCUCUCAUGCAGACUGUUUAGCAGAUAGAGAAUAGUUAGAGCUUCCUGGCAGUCAGGGAUUUGGGAAGUACGUGCGCAUGUUUCCAAGAAACCUAUUUCUUCUAAUACCUGGGCACUUAUUUAGAGGCCGGGCAGGAGGAGACCCAAAACUGAAAUGAGUGUAGUAACUGGUGCCUGAUGGCUCCUCGGCAAGUGCCCAGCACUCAGAAACACAGCAAUGAGUUCCCACUGCUAGGGCACCCUGGCUGACAGUGGCAGAUCUUGCUUGGCUGCAUGUUCUGCAGGAAAGUGGCCAGCAGGGCUGGUUCUCUCUGCAUUAAAGCUUACAUGUACAGCUCCUUCUGCUUAUUGCACCUGAGUUAAAAGCACUCAGAGGCUGUGGCAACAGGAGCUAAGCGCAAAGUGGACAAUAAUGUCUUGGAGCCAGAUUCUGAUACCCUAUAUGGAAGUAAUUCUGUUGCCUGUGAGUAGUGCCAUUGGAAGCAAGAAGAGUACAAGUCUACGUGUGAAUGAUAGAGGCAGAAUUGUGCUGAGGACUUGGGUACUGAGGGUCUAAAAGAUGUUUUUGAGUUAUGUAAGUAGCCACCUGUUCAUGUCCAGUAGCACAAUGCUGCAUUUUCUCCCACCCUCAAACUUUCGAUGCACAUAGAUCAGCUGGCUGGACAUUGCCUGUGUGCUGCAGAAUAACCUGCAAAACCGUCCAGGGGAAAGAACGUACUUCAAGUCUUUUAGUUUGUUAGCAUAAUGGUAGAAUGCUUCUGGUGUCUCCUAAAUACUCAUAGCUAUGAUAAAGAGGUAGAUUGAAGCAGCAGGACGGAGGCAAGAUCCACUCCCAGUCCUAUGGCCAGGUGUGCACAGGCAUAAAGUGGGUGGCAGAAUUUGGUUUCUGUUGUGUAAAGUCCAAGAUGUGUAUGUUUCCUGCUUCAGGUAAUAAUGUGCUAAGUUACUACUUUAUGCACAGAGGUAUGGAAACCUUUUUUUAUGUUUUUCCCUCCCUCCCUCCUCUUUCCAUUCUAUG